UAUCAUCAGGCGAGAUAGUGGUUCUUUUUCUCGAGUUGUGGGAGAAUUAAUCAAUUACCUCAGUGGGUGAGUUUAUUUUUUCACUCAAUAUUGAAUAAGAAUUGAAUUAAACAGGCUUUAUUCUCGCUUGCCGUCCGUUUCGCUCUCCUUAUGUUUCCCCAAGACGUCCGUUCCUCCGCUCUGCCUCUCAUUCAUCCGGCAGAGGAGAGCAGCCCGCGUCCGAGGAUACAAUGAAGCAGUGUGUCCUUGUCCGACACAAUGCAGCAAGAUGCUACGAAGGGACGACACUGUUUCUCACAAGAUCAGGGACGGUUUUGCUCGAUUGCAGAGAGAGAGACCAGCUAAAGAAUGAAGCUUUAGCCUCUGCAUGACAAGCUAUGACCAACACACAGACUUGACUCUAGACGUCCAGUUACAAAGCCCGGACUUAAGAAUGAAGACCAAAUAUGCAAUUGUCUUCAUCUUUAUCGUGGCCUUGGUCAUCAUCGAAAAAGAAAGCAACAUCUUGUCAAGGGUCUCUGAUAAGCUGAUCCAGAGGCAGGUUCCGCAGCAGACCCCACAGUCUCCACUUGAUUUCAGCAACACAACAAAAAAUGGCUCCCUGAUGAUGCUCAAAAUGCUGCUCUCUAAAGUCUCCGGUACAAAAGGGAAUUACUCGGAUCUCUCUGAGGAGCAAGAGGAGGAAGAACUAGAUGAUUUAGGCAUGUACAGCUACAAUGGUGGGCGUAAGCACAUAUUACUCUUGGCUACCACACGAACAGGUUCCUCAUUUGUGGGGGAAUUUUUCAACCAGCAUGGGGAGAACAUGUUCUAUCUGUUCGAGCCUUUGUGGCAUGUCGAGCGCAUGCUAACCAUGGCCUCAGAGGCAAACAACGGGACAGUGUUGGCAGGAAUCUACCGGGAUGUACUGCAGGGGCUUUUCCUGUGUGAUUUCUCUCCCCUUGAGAAGUUCAUCGCUCCCCCACCUCAGGACCACAUCACCCCAGCUCUUUUUCGCAGAGAGUCUAGUUUGUCGCUUUGUGAAGAAUCUGUCUGCAGUCCGGUAAUCAAAGAUGUUUUUGAAAGGUAUCACUGCAAGACUCGUCGCUGUGGCCCGCUGAACUUGACCCUUGCAUCUCAGUCCUGCCUUUCCAAGCAACACCACGCCAUUAAGACUGUUCGAGUGCGCCAGCUGGACUCAUUGCAGCCUUUGGUGCAGGAUCUUCGCCUGGACAUAAGAGUGAUCCAGCUAGUUCGAGAUCCACGGGCCAUUUUGGCAUCCCGCAUGGUGGCUUUCUCUUCAAAAUACCAAACGUGGAAGACCUGGGCGCAGGACGGCCAGGUGCCCGAAGAUGACGAGGAAGUGAAGAGGCUUAAAGGAAACUGUGACCAGAUUAGGAUGUCUGCAGAGGUGGGACUGAGCCAGCCUCGCUGGCUGAGGAGACGCUACAUGUUGGUGCGUUAUGAGGAUAUUGCCCGCUACCCCAUGCAGAAGGCCGAGGAGAUGUACAGGUUCACGGGGAUACCCUUUAGUUCCCAAGCUAGGGAGUGGAUCCUGAGGAACACCCAGACCACACAGGGAGCUAGCGGGAUUUACUCCACGCAGAAGAACUCAUCAGAGCAGGCAGAGAAAUGGAGAUUUAGCAUUCCCUUCACACUUGCUCAGGCUGUGCAGAGAGUGUGUGGACCUACCAUGAAGCUGUUUGGAUACAGAUUUGUGGAUAAUGAAAAUACACUGAUCAAUAAGUCCAUCAGUUUGCUUGAAGAAAAACUAUUUUCUUAAUUAAGAGGUCAUAAAUGUGAAUCUGCAAAACGCUGCAUGCCAUGGAUUGGAGCCAAGAGAAGCCAUUAUUGCA